AUGCGGCCCUCGUGGUGGAUUGGGGUUUGGGCCACAUUCCUCCCCGCGACAGUCUACUCCCUCGACACCAAGCCAUUCUCUGAGCCACAGAUCGUCGAGUCCAAGCGAGCCUUCGAGGUUUUACAGCUCUUAAAACGCGCCGACAACUGCCCGGGUGGCUAUAACCCAUGCUCAAACGAAGGCAACGCUAAUGCCUGUUGCCGCGAGGGCACCACUUGCACCAAGGAUUCAGCCAACAACAUCGCUUGCUGUUCGACUGGUGCAAGCUGUACUGGAAGCCUGACGGGUACAGCUACGGCGCCAGCGGCCGGUGGUAGCUCGUCAGGGAGCUUCGUAUUUCCGCAGGGUGCAACCGCAACACCAACCGAAGAGGGCGGCGGCGGCGGCGGCGGCGGCGGCGGCGCAGCAAUGACCGGUUCGACUCUCCCCGGUGCUUACCCGUUUGUCUACGUGCCCACUACUAUAUCGGACUCGGCGGAGUGCUCUUCCUACUACUCACUCUGCCAGUCUGAAUAUGCCGGCUGCACUCAGCAACUAAUGGGCCGCUAUGGAGUUACGGUGGGGGGCAACGGGGGCGGGACGACUGUUGAAGCCAUCACCGCUAGUUCCCAGGCUACGUCUAUCUGCUCGAGCCUAAGUGCAGAGGCCUGCCACGGGCUUAGCCUGGGAUACUGCUCUGCGGUCGAGACCGGCGGAGGUAGUGCUGCUGGGAACAACGCAGCUCCGCCGGGCCGUACGUCGAGUCUCCAAGAUUUGGCGUUCGGGUUGAUGAUCGGGGUUGCAGGCAUGUUUGUUUGA